ACUCAGUUCAUUGUUGCGAUAUAGCUAACGAUAGGAGUACAUUUUACCGUCCCUUCUGUUUUACUUGAUCAACGUAAUUAUUUUAAUCCUCGCUCAUUACGUGCGCCGGAAUUGUUCACGUGAUAAGUGCAAUAGUGAUUUCAUUCGUCAAGUGCCCGCGAAUAGUUGUGUUAGCCGUGUUACAAUCUAUUAAUAGUUUUUUCCACAUCAAAUGUGCACAGUGAAAAUUGUGGUGUUAUGAUCGAUAUUAAAUUUUGAAGUGGCUUCCAACAUGGGGCAAAGUCCGAGCUCCGUAAGGAGCAAGAGCGGUCGGCAACGAUCAUUCAGGAGUUUCGUGCGUCGGAGCAAGUUGAACAAGUCUAGUUUAAGUCACACGUUCAAUUUGCCGCCAUCGGAGGAGUAUCCGGAGCUGAUGAAUGUGAACACGGCGACUGAGGAGCAACUGAUGACUUUGCCCGGCGUGAACCGGCAGCUGGCCCGCGAGAUCGUGCGCCACCGACAGAUGAUAGGCCGCUUUAAGCGCGUGGACGACCUCGCGCUCGUCUCCGGAAUCGGUGCUGAAAAACUAGAGUUACUAAGGCCAGAAAUAUGUACGCACACAAGAAAACAACUGUCAAGGGCGAGCUCCUGCACUCACUCGUUAGAAAGUGUCCGUAUACCGUCAGAGACUAGGCUGUGUUCGGUGAACUCUUCGAGUGUGUUCCAGUUGCAAUGUGUGCCCGGGCUGAACCAGGAGAUAGCUGCCAAUAUCGUAGACUACAGGAACAAGAAAGGUCCGUUCAAAUCGCUGGAUGAUUUGAUCAAAGUGCGCGGCAUGGAUAUCGUCAGGCUGAGCACUGUGAAGCAGCACUUGAGCCUGGAGCCGAGGAAGGCGGAGAGCGUGCAACACUUGACCAAUGGACACGUGAACGGGUGGAGCGAGGUGACGGUGCCAAAUGGCGUGUCUCCUAAAACGCCGCAUCGGAAGAGCUUGUCCAUGCCGACAAAAUUCCCGAUGACGUUGCCGAAUGGUUUCGCGACGGCGCCUGUGAAUGAUAUUCUGGACUUGCUGUCGGCGUACUCCCACCGGCCCGUGGUCGAGGAGGUGUUCACGUACGAGCGGGACGGAGUUCGGUGCUGUCGACUUGCCUCGUGGAACCUCCAUCAGCUCAGCAUGGACAAGAUAACGAAUCCAGGUGUCAGAGAAGUGAUAUGCAGGACUAUUUUAGAAAACAAAUUAUCAAUAAUAGCCGUACAAGAGGUGCUAAGUGAGGCGGCGCUGAAGGUGAUCUGUGACGAGUUGAACACGCCGACGUUACGGCGCGUGCGCGAGUGGAGGAAUAACAGCAACCGGUGGGAGUACUGCCUAGGGGAAAGAAUUGACGGCCAACACCUAGGCUUCAUCUACGACUCGACGUUCAAAGGCAUCACGGUGGAAGACAUAGACCUGGACCAGGUGUGCAUGCUGACGGAAGCAAGCGACGCGCGGCGGCUGAUCUCCGAGCUGGCGGCGCUCAAGAGCGAGCGGUACAUCGCCGCGCCGCAAGCGUUCCUGCUAUGCGGUCGGCCUAUAAUAGUGGUGAACGCGAUGUGCCGCGAGCGACUUGCUGACGAGGACCUGGUGGGGUUCAGGGUCGUCUCCGAGCUGGCAGAAUCUGUCGGCAUGCAAGUGGCGCUCGUGGGCGAGAUGUUCCAUAGGGACAAUGUGCAAUCAUUAACAACAUACGAAUCGCUGCUGGACGAAGAAUUGAACACGACAGUGGACGCCACCGCAUCGGGGCUCAGCAGUAUACUUUGUCCGGGGGAUAUCGACAAAAGCCUACUCAACGGCCGCGCCGGCGCAAUCAAGACCGGGCUUAGCCACCUAGCUAUACCCCGGGGCUGGUCCUGGGGCGGUCCGGCCUCCCCCUUCUGCCCCAUAUGGGCCGAAAUAAAAAUUCCGGAUUGACAAAAAUGUGAAUUAAAUUACGGGAAUAAAAUAGGUAAUUUCAUCCCAACGGCUGUCGUCCUCGUGCUGCAAUGCCUCCUAGUAGCGUUAUUGCAUUUGUAUUUCAAUUGAGGUUAGGCCGCCAUUUUGUUGCUAACGUCAAACGUUGGCGCCAAUUUUGAUGUCAAAUAUUUAUCUGUCAUAAGUUUAAUCAUGCAAUAUUUUUUCGCGUCGCUUCGUCUUUAUAGAUCGAUCGCUUCUAAUGGAAUCAAAAUGAUGUAUUGAAUUGUAAGAGGAAUAUUCAGCGAAAUAAGUACCUAAAGCAAUUAUUUUCUGGUACAAAUAGCAACAUAACAACGAAAAUUAUUGUACUGUGGUAGAUAGCGUAAACAAAUACACAUAAAAUAAAAAGACCUUACGAAUAUGUGUUACUAAUAUAUAAAGAUAAAAAAGAUAUUCAGCUAAUUUUCAAAAUAUCCAGAUCUUUUUUUAGAGGUAUUUUUCCGAAUCCAAGAUGGCCGCGAGUGUCAUAAUGUUAUGUCAUGAUAUCCACGCGCUGUCAAUUCAUAAUCGAUCUAUUUAGUAGAUAUCGAUUUAGAUAAAAUAAUUUACACUGAGACUGUAAUUUCUCCUUGUGAUUAAUUUACGUCCUAAAGAUGUAUAUAUUUAAUGGAAUUUGUUGUAAAUAAUUAGUCUUUGCAAAGCAUAGACUGACUGCUUGCUUGGGAAAGUUAUUUUCUAGGGGUAAAUCGCAUUGCGAAUUAUUUUAAGAGAUUCAAUGUUCGGCAUUAGGCGUUACAUUAAGUAAGGAAAUAAUCAAAUAUUCUGUGCCAAGUAUUUUGAUGAUGCAUUGUAGUGUAUGAAGUUUUGAGCCUAACAUUACGCUUGUACUUAAGAUUUUUGAAUUUCAUCAUUGAAUACGAAUUUUUAUUGAAAUAAAUAAUCAAAUUAUGAAUAAAAAUAAUCGCUUUAUAGGAAUAACGUAAAAACCAAUUGUCAUGUAAUCUCUUAAAAUAAAUCGCUUUGCGCCAUUUCCAAAUGAUAUUAAAUACGUCAUCCGUAGAUUUUUUGCGUUAUUUACAGAAUUCAUUCCUCAAGCUUAUUUUAAUAGCUUCAGAUUUAGAUCUUCCGCUCAGUAAGAUUCUGAAUUUUCUGACGAUCCUGGCUGACGUCAGAUCCUUCCUAUAUUGUUUUUAUUCUAUGUAGCACUUUUUCAGGUAUUACUAUGUGGCCAUAGGUUACUGGCAGUGGCUAGACGACAAAAGCCAAAAGACCUAGUGCCAUAGUUCCUCCAACAUGUUAUUUUAUAUUUGGGUUAUUUUUAAAGGUUUAGUAGUCAAAAUAAGUUCGCUAUAUAUCCACGAAUGAAAUCCAUAUGUAAUCAGCACAAUUUUUUUAAUGUAUUUUCGCCUUCAAAACACUUAUAAAAUCUAAUUAAAUAUUAUUGCGCCUUUGAAUCUGGUUUAUUUUUUAUUUGUUGACUUAUGUUAUUGUUGUUAAUUCUUUGUCCAUUUCUUAUCAAACCCUUGUUUUGUUUCUCGUACAGUAAACAGAGUCUGGGUUUAUAAAAUAGGUUUAUGAAAAUAAAGAUGUAUAAAUAUUUAUCCCUUCGUACGUGGUUACUGUUGCUUUUAUUAUAUUGACGUAGCUUCCGAUUGUACAGAAAAUUAUUGUGUUCAAUAAUUUGCAAAAAUGUUUUUAGGUAUUGAGUAUUACAUUGUUUAUUAUGUAAAAUAAAUUUCCUAAUUAUUUUUUUAAUACAUUUUUGAUCUCGCGUGUUACAAUAGCAGCAUUAAAUUUGUAAAUAUUUCUUGUAAUAUAAAGGGGGAAGGUUUAUUGACGGUUACGUUUAUUAUUUCAAUAAUUAUGGGGCACUAUCGUAUUGAAAAGCAUUAUGAAAAAUAUUUGAAUUGUUAUUGUAACGGUUUUCAACGGUUUAAAUGAAACAUCAAUAUUUAAAUAUGGAAUACUGGAGUGUGAUUGGCUCCUCGACUGUCAUGUCUGGUAAUGACAGGUAUGGUGGAACUUUUUGAAAAAAUAAAUGUAAGCAUAUUUCUCGUGUAAUAUUUCUUGUGAGAGAUUCCACUAGUACUCAUAACGUUUACCCAUUAUGUGAUAAUGAAUUGAAAAUUAUUGAAAAAAGUAAUAUUUUUGUGAAACAGUCGUUUUAAGUAGUGAAAUGUGUAUAUUUUCAAAUGUUUUAUUUUACUCGGUGUAAGUUAUUUGUGAAUUAAAUAAAUUAUUUAAAUUAUAUCA